GAGCUGCGCGCUGAGGCGAGGGAGAUGCUGGCACGGCGGCAGCGCGAUCCCCUCCGGUCCCUGCAGCGCCGCAGUCAGGAGUUGAAGCAGCAGGUUGAUGGUUUGCUUUCUGAGAGUCGACUGAAAGGAGCUCUAGAAGCCAGUGAAAGGCGAGAUAUUUACCAGAGAUGUAUCCAAUUAAAACAGGCAAUCGAUGAAAAUAAAAAUGCUCUUCAAAAAUUAAACAAAGCUGAUGAACCUGCACCUGUUGGGAAUUAUAAUCAGAAGAAAGAGGAGGAGCAGAGUCUUUUGGAGAAGCUUACCUACCGGCUGCAGGAACUUGCUGUGUCCAUAAGUAGAGAGAGCGUAACUGAAAUUGGGGCGCCUACUGAAAGAGAGGGAGAUGACGAUUCUGUUGAAGAUGAGGAAGAGGAAGAUGAAGAAGAAAGUGAAGAAAGUAGGGGGAAAGAAGAAGAAACAGAAGAGGAAGAGGAAGAGAGACAGGAAGGUGACUCUCACCAAGAGGCCGCAAGUGGAGAAUACAUCGCUAUUGGAGAUUUUACGGCUCAGCAAGUCGGAGAUCUUACAUUUAAGAAAGGGGAAAUUCUUCUUGUAAUUGAAAAACACCCCGAUGGUUGGUGGAUGGCUAAGAACUCCAAAGGAGACAAAGGUCUUAUUCCCAGAACGUACUUGGAGCCCUGUAAUAAAGAAGAAGGCCAAGAAUCAAGUGAAGAAGGCAGCGAAGAAGAUGUGGAGGCCGGGGAAGAAACGGCAGAGGAAGCAGAAGUGAAACAAAGACCUGAAUCUCAUUGGAGCGCUGUCCGAAAAGCCAUCUCAGAGCAGAUAAACACCGUCGACAUGUUAACCGCAAUGGGAGCCAUUCCUGCGGGGUUCCGGCCUUCCACACUCUCCCAGCUGCUGGAGGAAGGGACUCAAUUUCGAGCAAGCUACUUCUUACAGCCAGAGCUCACUCCUUCACAGCUGGCCUUCAGAGACCUGACGUGGGAUGCUAAAGCGGGCUCAAUUAGGUCGAGACCAAGCCGUGUUUCAUUGAUUCUGACCCUCUGGAGCUGUAAAAUGAUUCCUCUUCCAGGAUCGAGCAUCCAGGUUCUCAGCAGACACGUGCGCCUCUGUGUAUUUGAUGGCAACAAGGUUCUGAGCAACAUUCACACAGUCAGGGCCACGUGGCAACCUAAAAAGCCCAAGACGUGGACCUUCUCUCCCCAGGUUACGGGCAUCUUGCCGUGCUUGUUUGACGGCGAUUGUUUCAUCAGGUCCAAUUCUUCAUCUCCAGAUCUUGGACUGUUAUUUGAACUUGGAAUUUCUUACAUUCGCAACUCAACUGGUGAAAGAGGAGAAUUAAGUUGUGGCUGGGUGUUCCUGAAACUUUUCGAUGCCAGUGGAAUUCCUAUUCCAGCAAAAACUUACGAACUCUUCCUGAAUGGCGGCACCCCUUAUGAAAAAGGUGUUGAAGUGGACCCUUCAGUAUCCAGAAGAGCACAUGGUAGUGUUUUCCAUCAGAUGAUGACAAUGAGAAGGCGGCCUCAACUUCUAGUAAAACUAAGAUCUUUGAACGGAAGAUCAAGAAACAUGCUAAGCCUCCUGCCAGAAACGUUAAUCGGAAGUAUGUGCUCCAUUCACUUGUUGAUAUUUUAUCGCCAGAUUCUUGGCGACGUGCUCCUGAGAGACAGGAUGAGCCCUGACAGUGCUGAUUUAAUUAGUAAUCCUGUGCUGGCCACCUUCCCCAAGCUCUUAGAGCAGCCUGACCUCAUGGAUGCACUCAGGAGCUCCUGGGCUGAGAAAGAAAGUACAUUAAAAAGAUCGGAGAAGAGAGACAGGGAGUUCCUGAAGGCUGUGUUUCUCCUGGUUUACCACGACUGCGCGCUCCCCCUCCUCCACUCCACGCUCCUGCCCCCGUUCAGGUGGGCAGAAGAAGAGACCGAGGCCGCCCGCUGGAAGGUCAUCGCCGGCUUCCUCAAGCAGAACCAAGAGAACGAGGGCGCCCUCCAAGCUCUGCUGUCGCCCGAGGGAAUCCAUGAACCUUUUGACAUCUCAGAGCAGACCUAUGACUUCUUGGGUGAAAUCAGAAAGAUUGCGACCUGACAGUGGUGGUCCUGACCCUUCCCACAGGACCUGAUGGGCCCUCCACAAUGACCUGAGUAAAGUGACAAAACCAGAAGUAACUGUCACAGUGUAACAGGCUUUAUUCUUUUUGGUACCAGCCACAUUCCAUAAGAAAUAUUUAUUAAUUUGAAUAUGUGUUAACAUAAUAAAAGACAUUUUUGUAAGGAAUUCUGUUAUAUCUAAAUUUAAAGAGAAUUUUUUUCAGAAACCAACUCACAAAUUUAAGUUGCCUAUAGAUUUGUAUAAAAGCAAGAUACUAUCAAAAGCUAAAUUUAUGAUUAUUUAAGAAAGUGAAAAUGCAGCCCACAGAAUAGGAGAAGAUAUUUGCAAAUGAUAGAUCUGAUGAGAGUCUUGGAUCCAGAAUAUAUAUAUAAGAUUUUUGCUAAUAAAAUGUAUGUUGUGAAAUGAAA